AUGAAUGGGGCAGAGAUCUUGCAAACUAUGGCGCAAUACGAGGCUUCGGCGCGUAACGACUAUUCAUUGGGUUCUCCAAACGUCGAUCAACUCUUGACUCUGAUUCAGUUCAAUGUUUUCCGAGCGCUCAUUGAUAACACCUCUGUGAUACGAUUCACCUUGGACUGGCUAGAUGAAGAUGCCAUUUCCCCCUGGUGUGCAGGUGUUCCUGAAUCUCAGAUCAGCUAUUACCCACCAAGUCUCCGUCCUACUUCAUUACAACAGGAUGUUUGCCAUCAUCCUUGGAUAGACCUUUUCCCGAUACCCCAAAUGAGGGAUAAUCUAUUACAAAAAUAUGGAGACUUCGAUGAAUAUGCCCUUUGCAACGACCUUGUUGAUUUCUACGAUGUUUCAAACGACGAAACCGGUUUGAUUGUAUGGAGCAACCCAUGGCUUCCGUCAGGGUGGGAAGUUAGUGAGACUUUCUUGCGUAAGUGGAGCUGGGUCGUCAAGGGAUGUGAUGAUCUUGCCAAAUCUACCAAUUAUUGGCGCGGAAUUCGUGGAGAAGAACCUUUGGUGUUCAAUAACUGA